AUGGCUGUGCAGCUUCCUCUGCCUGUGCCUCACUCCUACCUUCACCUGCUUUUGAAACCGCAACUCACUAGUGUUACCUCCACAAGCCGCCACCCUCACACUAACAAUCACGAUCAGCAUGGCGCCCCGCUAACCGAAGCCGGGACCGGCUCACGAAGUGUCCUUCACGCCCACGAAAGUGCGCAGGGCAAAGACGAACAAGGCAAAAGCCUCAGCGACAGGGUCAGCGAAGUCGGUCAAAAAACGCCCCGGCUACCGCAGGAAGUGCUACAAAAACAGCCUGCUGAUCCUCGAGAAAGCAUCCCCUCACUUGGUCGCUACGUCGCUGAUUAUUCUCAUAGUGUUCAAGCUAAUGCGAACUCACCUCUUCUACGCCUUCCCGCCGAAAAUCGAAACAUGACAUGGAACUACGCCUGUGGUGGCCAGCGAACGCCUUCGUAUGCGAUGAAGUCUGGAGCACCAAAUCGCAUCCGAUGGCACGAUUGA